UAUGCAUUUAAUUAUAAGUCAAUUACUAGAGGAUCAGUACAAUGGAGAAAUAAGACCAGGAGCUGUAAAUAGUGAAGCGACAACAGUUUAUUUAAACUUUCGAAUAAAUUCAAUGUCAGCAUUAAGGGAAACUUCCAUGGAUUACACAGUCAACGUUUAUUUAAGGAUGAUGUGGUUUGAACCGAGGUUAGCUUUUCAAACAGCACAUGGAGACUAUACAGAAAAUGACGCCUACACCUUGUCACAUAAACAAUUCUCUAAACUCUGGAUUCCAGAUUUAUUCAUUAAGAAUGAAAAGGACGGUAAAUUACACGACCUUGUAUUACCAAACAAGUUAAUGCGGUUGAAUGCUUCGGGCAGUAUCCUGUAUAGCCAGAGGCUAAGUUUAACUUUGGCAUGUGAAUUAGAUUUGACACGGUUCCCUUUGGAUAAUCAAACCUGUAAAUUUAUAUUUGCCAGUUAUGCCCAUACUCUUGAGGAUGUUAUUAUAUUAUGGACAAAAGAAAAUCCGGUACAAGCAAUUAAGGAUCUAAAAGUACCGGAGUUUGAACUGUUAGAUAUUACAACUGGUUACUGCAUAUCAAAUUCAAGUACUGGGGCAUAUGCUUGCCUAGAAGCUGUCCUUUUCUUCCAACGCCAGGUCAAUUAUUAUCUUAUUCAAGUCUAUUUACCGUCGCUACUAGUCGUGGUACUUUCCUGGGUAUCAUUUUGGAUAGACGCAGACGCCGUCCCAGCCAGAGUUUCACUGGGAUUGUUGACUGUUCUGACAAUGACUACACAAAGUUCAAAUUUUGCUGCACGUAUGCCUAGAGUUAGUUAUGUAAAAGCAAUCGAUGUUUGGAUGGCUAGCUGCCUCUUGUUCGUUUUUGGCGCUCUUGUCGAAUACUCAUUUGUUAAUGUUCUCGUUCGGCGUUCCAGACCUAUGCAACAGCAAAUAAUAAGUAAUCUUGUAAAACAAGCUCAGGUAAAUAUUAAAAAAGCAGGACUUGCAGUGAAUUCACUGUGA